CGAAACCGAUCAUUAAGCAAAUUAAACUGUGACAUAAAUUCCCACAGGAGUUCGCAUUAAACUACUAAUAUGCACCUGAGACAUCCCCUUAAUCAAAAACAAAAAUGAAGAACCCAAACGACGCAGUUUGGGUCUUCUUCUUCAUCGUCUUCAUCAUCUCCUGCCCAUCUCUAGCAGAUAUCUCAGGUUUCCAGCCAUGCAUGAUUCAUAAACUGGACAACCAAACCUCUGUUUCCGACACCAUUUUCACCUCAGACAGCUCUCUGUUCUUGCCGAUCCUCCGGUCACGCAUCCAGAACAGCCGGUUCAACACCUCCGACACUCCCAGACCGCUGAUCGUCGUGACGCCGCGGGAAGAAUCCGAGGUCCGGGCAGUAAUUCUUUGCGCGAAAGACCAGGACUUGCAGGUCCGGGUCCGGGGCGGGGGCCAUGAUUACGAAGGGCUUUCUUCCACGAGCUUUUUCGGGAGCCAGUUCUUGAUUCUUGAUCUGGUUAAUUUCCGGAAUGUCACGGUGGAUCCGUCGGAGAAGACGGCGUGGGUCGGUGGGGGGUCGACUCUGGGCGAACUGUACUAUCGGAUUUGGGAGAAGACCGGAGUACUUGGUUUCCCGGCGGGGGUGUGUCCCUCCGUCGGAGUCGGCGGGCAUAUAAGCGGAGGCGGACACGGCCCAAUGUCGAGAAAGUACGGCCUUGCGGCGGACAACGUGAUCGACGCGCGUCUGGUGGACGCCGCCGGGAGGAUUCUGACCCGGAAAACGAUGGGGAAGGAUCUGUUCUGGGCAAUCCGAGGCGGCGGAGGGAACACGUUCGGCGUCGUCCUCGGGUGGAAGCUCCGGCUUGUCGACGUGCCGGCAAUCGUCACCGUCUUCAACGUCUCACGAAAUCUGGACCAAAACGCCACAGAUCUGGUCCACAAGUGGCAGAGACUCGCCCCGACGUUACCGGAGGAGAUCUUCAUCAGAGUGACGGCUCGCGGCGGAGAAGACAGAACGGUCUCAACAGAUUUCCUCUCCCUCUUCCUCGGACCACCGCACGAACUACUCCCGAUCAUGGACGAGAUGUUCCCGGAACUGCGAUUAACCGGAGAAGACCUGGUAGAGACAAGCUGGGCAAGAUCUCUCCUUUACCUCAACGGGUUCCCGGGGGGCACGCCGAUUCAAGCUCUGCUCAAUCCAGCCGCCAUUAAUGGCGGACGAAAGCCAUACAGCUUCAAAUCAAAGUCCGAUUUCGUGAAGGACCCAAUACCCAGAAGGGGGCUGGAAGGCGGGUGGAAUUUCCUCCGGGAGAACAACUCCGGCGUGAUCUCGAUGAACCCAUACGGAGGGAGAAUGGGGGAGAUCCAAGAAUCGUCGAUUCCAUUCCCGCACAGAGCCGGGAAUCUGUACAGCAUCGAGUAUUGGGCGGAUUGGAGUGAAGAUGGGAGAGAGGCAUUAGGGAUUCACAUGAGUUGGGUAAGAAGGGUUUAUGGGUAUUUCACUCCAUUUGUUUCCAUGUCUCCGAGAGAAGCUUCCAUGAAUUACAGGGAUCUUGACAUUGGGCCAAACUAUGGCAAUAUGGACUAUUCAUCAUCAAGCUAUGAAGAUGCCAAGUUUUGGGGGGUAAAAUAUUUCAAGAAGAAUUUUGACAAGUUGGUGAGGAUAAAGACCAAGGUUGACCCUCACAAUUUCUUUAGGAAUGAACAAAGUGUUCCUCCCCAUAAUAAACAUUGAGAGUGAAAGCAGGGCCGACCUCGAAAAAUGAAAAAAAUAAAAUUAGCCCGGUUCAAAAUUUACAUUGUGUCCUAUUUUAUAUUUUUAGAAUAGCUUUGUUUUAAACUUAUUAACAAAUUUAAAAAUAUGGU